UUCAUCUGCCAUUUACACUGGAUCCACCAUGUGCAGAGAUGGCGGCACCUGAGGUACAGCUCUAUACAAAGGUCUUGAACAAGAAUAAAAACAGAAGUACCCAGUCUUUACUGGAGCCUCUCUUGGCCUCUGGAUUCUCUGUACAUACAGCGCUAAAAGCUUUGGCAGCUACUGGACAAAAGACAGUAGAAGAAGCAGCGAAGUGGUUACAUUCUCACUGCAAUGACCCUUCUUUGGAAGAUCCAAUCCCUCAAGAAUACGCCCUCUAUUUGUGCCCAACAGGCACAUUGAGUGACGUAUUGAUGGAGUUCUGGAGAGAAAGCAAACAUCAUUGCGGGAAAAACAAAGCCCAUGAUGUUUUCCCACACAUAACGCUUUCUGAAUUCUUUACGUGUGAAGACCAAAAGGUUGAUGGUUUAUAUGAAGCCUUAAAGAGAGCUGGGGACCGUUUUUCCAGUUGUUUCCCAGCGAUCAUCUCCCUAUCACUACAUUCCUCCACCACUUACAUCGGCUUCUUCGUUAGCGAUGCCCCAGCAAAUAUCCUCAAAUCGUUUGCUACGGCUUUUGCCACAGAGGCCAUGAUAUUAACAGAUUGCUGUGUGAAACCUUCAACCAAGCAACUCCAUCUUACAAUGGCCAACAAAUUUUAUCCUCACCAUCAAAAGACUUUGGAGCAACUGGCGAAAUUCAUCAAUCCUAAGCAAAGCUGCCAGUGGACAGCGACUCUGUAUUCCAGAGACAUGCGCUUCGUAAAUUACCAGGUUUUGCGGGCCUUGUUCCAGUAUAAGCCUCAGAACAUUGAUGAACUUAUGCUGAAUGCUGGAGAUCUUAUAUAUGUCAAUCAGACACAACAAAGUGAAGUUUGUGAUGGUUGGGUGAUUGGUAUCUCCCACCGAACUGGGUGCCAGGGAUUUCUUCCUGAAAAUUACACAGAAAAAGCCAAUGAGUCAGAUACCUGGGUCAAGCACAGAGAAUAUAUUUUCACUCUAGCUUCAGGACUGCCCCUUAAGAAUCAAAAUGAACCCUGCAUGAAACUAAAAAAUCCAAAUCCAACGCCAAGGAAUGUAGCCAAAACAGUUGCUCAUCAGCUGUUUGGGAAAAUGACAUCCCGGAGAGGCCUGUUAGUGAUUCGCCAUGGUGAAAGGGUUGAUCAGGUGUUUGGGAAGUCUUGGCUAGAGCAGUGUUUCGGUGCAGAUGGAAAAUACUAUCGAGCAGACCUAAAUUUUCCCUCUAGUCUACCGAACCGAAAAGAAAGCAUCAAGGAUUAUGAAUGUGAUCCUCCUUUAUCAUGCUGUGGUGUAUUCCAAUCUAGACUAAUUGGUGAAGCCCUGCUAGAGAACGAAGUGAUGGUUAGCUGCUUAUACUCUUCUCCAGCACUGCGUUGUAUCCAAACUGCUCAGCAUGUGUUGGAAGGGCUUCAGCUGGAACAAAAAGUUAAGAUUCGUAUAGAACCUGGACUCUUUGAAUGGACGAAAUGGGAGACAAACCCAACCGUUCCUUCUUUUAUGACAUGGAGAGAACUGGCUGAGCUCAACUACAGUGUAGAUACCACGCACAAAUGUACUCUUCCUCUUUCUUGCCUGAACCCAUCCGAAGGCUAUGAGGACUAUAUUAACAGAUGCUCUGCGAGUGUGAAACAGAUUGUUGGGUCCUGUGCAACCGAAGGCACCAUCCUGAUCGUUGGCCAUGGCUCAUCUCUGGAUUCCUUCACUCGGCCAUUAUUGGGUCUCCCAGCCAGGGAGAGCAGUGAUUUUGCCCAGUCUGUUCGAAAGAUACCGUCACUGGGCAUGUGUUUCUGCGAAGAGCUUAAAGAGAAAAAAUGGCAAAUGAUUAACCCACCAAUCAAGAUGUUAACCCAUGGAGCAAAUGCUGCAUUUAAUUGGAAGCGCAUCCUUCUGGAGAAUUAA